AUGCUCGACCUGUACGGCACCUCCGUCGCAGCCAUCGCCUUCCCCCUCCGCAUCGCCUGGACCCCCGUCUCCUACGCCGCCCGCCUGCUCAAGACCCUGCUCGCCCCGACCGGCUACCUCCUCCACUACCUCUCCACCUGCGUCGCCGCCCUCGCCGCCUUUCUCGCCAGCCUAGAGCCCCUCUUUACGUUUUUCAGCGUAGCCGCCUUUGUGGGCGUCGUUGCAGGCAUCCUGGCGGCCACGCUGUCCGGCCUCCUCACCACCCACCUGGGCAUGUACGACGCGCCGGUCGACAGCCGCCGCCGCCUCAAGACGGACUACCUCGACGAGUACCUGGCGCAGCCGCUGCCGCUGCCCCAGCCGCGCCGCUGGGGGGACCACAUAUCGCGCUUCAGGGUGUCGAGGCUGCAGGGCGAGACCAUCCACGAGGAGGAUGACUCCGAGUAG